AUGGCCACGAUCGCCGACGAACUGCUUCAGGAUUUCGAAGACUUCGAUGAAGAAGAGGUUGCCGAUGAUGACGCGCCUGAAGAGAAUGCGCACGCGGGCCGCAAAUCCACCCUCGGUGACAUGAGCGAUGUUGAGGAAGACGACGAAGAUGAGGAAAUGAUAGAUGCUGCGGAUGGCGCAAAGGCCCUCGGUGAUGACGCCGAAGAAGCCAAGGCCAAGGUCGAAAAGAUGAAGCUCGGCGUUGUCAAGGAUGUCCGAAGUGUGGCAACGUUGAUGGAUACUCUAAUUCCCGUCCUUGAGAAAAUCGAAAGGUGCAGAUCUCAGGGACAGACAAAUGUUGUCGGAAAUGUCGAGGAUCAUCCCGAAUACCAGCUUCUGACCCAAUCCAAUGGCCUCUCUACUCACAUCGACAGCGAAAUCGUUCUGGUGCACAAAUUCAUCCGAGACCAUUACUCUGCGAGAUUCCCCGAGCUAGAAACUCUCAUCAGUAACCCUCUCGAGUAUGCAAAAGUCGUCGCCAUCCUGGGAAACGGACCCAUGGAUGCCGAUGGCAUCAAGAAGCUACAAAACUCCACCGACAACCCACUCAAGACCUCCCUACGGUCCGUCUUAGAUGGCCCGUCGCUCAUGAUUGUCACUGUUGAAGCGACCACGACCAAGGGUCAUGAGAUGAGCGAGGACGAAUUAGGCCGCGUGCUGCGCGCCUGCGAGAUGAUUGUGUCUCUUGACAAGGCCAAAGCCACACUCACAGAAUAUGUGCAGUCGCGGAUGAACAUCUUCGCCCCCAAUCUCACUGCCUUAAUCGGCUCUCUGACAGCCGCCCAACUCCUCAACGCCGCUGGCGGUUUAACGGGUCUCUCUAAGACGCCUGCCUGCAAUAUCGCCGCCUGGGGUUCCAAAAGGCAGGCCACCCCUGGUCUAGCCACCAACGUCGGUAUCCGGCAACAGGGCUUCAUUUACCACUCACCCAUGAUUCGGGGCAUACCAAAUGAUCUUAAGAGGCAGGCCAUGCGCAUCGUUUCGGCCAAACUCGUCAUGGCGGCGCGUCGCGCUCUUCCCGCGCCGGACGACAAGCCUUCCAAGAAGCGAGGAGGCAGGCGAGCGCGCAAGGCCAAGGAGGCCACCGCCAUGACGGACCUGCGCAAAGCACAGAAUAGAAUGGCGUUUGGGAAAGAAGAGGCUGAAGUGGGCUACGGCACGGGCGAUGGAACGGCAGGUCUCGGCAUGAUCGGACAGGCCAACGACGGCCGAAUCCGCGCGCUCCAAAUUGACCAACGUACAAGGGCCAAGCUCAGCGCUAAGCACAAGGGAUGGGGCGGCGCCACGCCCCUCAACGGCCUCUCUUCGUCCUUACGCGGAUUCAACCAAGCCAGCUCCAACAUUGACCUGAGGGGCAAGGGCCUGCGCGCAUCAGGCGUUGGGAGCACUAUCGGCGGCGGCGGCACUGCCGGAACCGCUUCAUCCCUGACAUUUACUCCGGUCCAGGGCCUUGAGUUGGUGGACCCCAAGGUGCGCGAAGAGCUUAGCAGGAAGCGGAAAGCGGACGAAGACCGCUGGUUCAAGGGCGGUACCUUUACGCAAGUCGGCCAGGCCUCUUCCAACGGAGGGUUCAAGAUCCCCUCCCUACCUCCUCCCGCCAAGAAGGUGGAUACGGGCGCGGGCAAAAUGCUGCCACCUCCCAUCCCCUAA